AUGGCUCGUUUGCGUAACAAAGCGCUCAUAAGUCCUGAUAUAGGCACUACCCGGCUACACAGCCCGCACUUCCCUCACUCGCCCACCAUUACUUUGCGCACUCCCACUCGCUCCUCCUCCCGUGCUUCCUCUCACGCUGGCCGCUCCUACCCACCAACACAUACCAUGGCAACCCGUUCCCGGCCAGCCUCUCGAACCCGCUCCCCAAUCGAUCAAGGGGAGCUGGGACCCCAACUUUUGGCAGCCCCCUAUGUCAAAAUUGGGGAAGUCUCCCUUGAGCGAAUCACAAGCCUCCUCCUUGGCCUCCUUGGCCAAGUUGAGCACCUUGAGCGGAAAGUGGAAGAAGUCCAAGAAGCAGGGGUUGAGGCCCAGACCAACCUUGAGAACAUCUCUCAAGCCGUUGAUACUGUCAAGGAUGGGCUUAGAAGCCUCCAACUCCAUGGGCCCCGGACCCCAGAAGACACAAAACCCCCGGUCAUGGAAGCAACGCCACGCCCCCUAUCAAAAGUCGACCCUAUUGGAUUGACUAGUCGGGUCUCAUUCUGGCCCGAAACAUCCAAGGGGCUUCCCACCUUUGCCCAGCCCACUCCUGUCCGAGCAGUGCCCCCGCGAGUCCCAUCUCCCCCUCCAUCUCCGCGUCUCCGAUCCCCCAUUGGAGCACCUGCCCCUCCACCUCCGGCUCCAGUCGCCGCCUAUCCCGCUCUGGUCAAGGUUGACCACCCAGAUGCCUAUACAGGCAAGAUUGGGAGUGAAGCCAAACAGUGGCUCACAAGGAUGCUGGCCUGGACUCGGCUGAAUUUGCGCAUGUUCCCCACGGACCAAGAGGUCCUAUCCUUCCUUCUGAUGAAUAUGAAGGAUUCCGCAGGAGCAUGGGCACACCCACACCUCGACCAGCUCGGAUCACACCGGGCCAUCAUCCAAACGGUUGAGGGAUUCAAAUUGGAGUUCCUAGCAGCAUUCGGCGACCCUGACGCCACAAGGGCCGCCGAGCGGAAAAUCACUUCUCUUACCCAGUCCAGCACAUGCGCGGAUUACAUCACAAAGUUCAGAACCUUAGCUAUGGAGCUGGACUGGAACGACGCGGCCCUCCGAGGCCAGUUUGCCCGCGGCCUCCACUGGGAGGUCAGCCGCCAAAUUGCCACCCGCAAACACCAACCCCGCACCCUCCUUGAGCUGCAAAACGCAGCACUCGUCAUCGAUAACGCUCUCCGUGAAGAGCGCGCUAGUCACCCACCGAGGGACAGUAAAUCUAGCAAAACAUCCAACCCCGCAAGGGGGACGAGUACCGGCCAAGCCACAACCGGUUUGAAGAAACUCUCCAAUGACCCCAACUUCGUGUUGGAGGAAGAACGCAAUCGCCACUGCGCCGCAGGCGCCUGCAUCAAGUGCGGCAAAAUGGGUCACAAAUUUGCGGAAUGCCGCACGGGCUGGAAAGCCACCCCUAUUGAGGACAAGGGGAAGGCUAAGGAAGCCGCCAAAAUUGGCAAAGACUCUGAGUACCAAUCGGGAAAAGAAAUUUCCCCCCUGUUCACAAUUUCGAUUAAACCAGAGAAGCAAGCGGAACACCUAGAAGUCCUGAUAGACUCAGGCGCCACAUCGUCCUUCCUCCACCCACGUACCGCUGAGGCACUACGCCUACCUCUCAUAGAUCUCCCAACACCCCGCACCGUCACUAUGCUCGAUGGGUCGAGCCCCCAGGCUGGCAAAAUCUGGAAAAAGGCGUCACUAACCUUUACCUUUGAUGGCAAGAAAAUGACUGAGACCUUCCUUAUAUGCAAUACAGGGUCUCAUGCUGCCAUUCUGGGUUUGAAAUGGUUGGACGCACAUAAUCCAGAGAUUGAUUGGAAUGCACGAACCCUCUCCUUCCCCCAUACACCACCAGAACACGUGGCCAUUGCCAAAGAGGAGGAAGCUGAUCAAACACCCCUUGAAGGAGUACCCCCAGAAUACCACCAGUAUGCCAAAGUAUUUGGGGAGGAAGAAUUCAACAAGCUUCCCCCACACCGGCACUACGACAUUGGGAUUGAACUCACGGAGGAAGGCCCCCUCAAUUCGCCUCUCUAUAGCAUGACCGAUGCAGAGUCCGCUACGCUCAAGGACUGGCUCAGGGACGAACUCAAGGCGGGCAAAAUACGCCCUAGCAAGUCUUCCAUCAGUUCCCCUGUGAUGUUUGUCCCCAAAAAGGACGGCUCCUGUUGCUUGGUUGUUGACUACCGCCGCCUGAAUAACCGGACCAAAAAGAACGUUUACCCGUUACCCCGUCCUGAUGACCUCAUGGCCCAGCUCCGUGGCGCCAAGGUCUUCACCAAACUAGAUCUAAGAUGGGGUUACAAUAACGUCCAAGUUAAGGAAGGUGACAAAUGGAAAACCGCGUUCCGCACCAAGUACGGCCUGUACGAAUCCCUUGUCAUGACCUUUGGCUUAACCAACGCCCCGGCAUCAUUCCAACAUUUUAUGAAUGAUUUGUUUAAGGACCUGCUUGAUGUAUGCGUCAUCAUAUACCUUGAUGACAUCCUGAUCUACUCCAAGGAUGACGCCACACACACCCAGCACGUUCACGAAGUCCUACGCCGGUUGAUGGAAAACCAAUUGUUCUGUAAAGCAUCCAAGUGUACCUUCCACGUCACCUCUGUGGAAUACCUGGGAAUUAUUGUUUCGGACAAAGGUUUCAGCUUGGACAAGCUCAAGAUCCAGGCGGUACAGGAAUGGCCUACACCCACUAAAGUCAAAGAAGUUCAGUCGUUCCUAGGCUUUGCUAACUUCUUACGCCGCUUUGUCGCCAACUUUAGUCACAUGGCUAGGCCGCUGCACAACCUAGUCAAGAAGGACACUCCUUGGAAAUGGGACAUUAAGGAACAAGAGGCCUUCCAGGGGUUAAAGGACGCUAUUACCAAUGCACCCGUACUAUGUCACGCAGACCCGUCCAAGCCCUACUUCCUAGAGACAGACGCCUCAGGGGCAGCACUAGGCUCCAUACUCAGCCAACGCCAGGAAGACGGCCGCCUCCACCCACUAGGUUUUCUAUCUGAGUCAUUCAAGGGCGCCAAACAGAACUAUGACACCCACAACAAGGAACUGUUAGCCAUCAUCCGUUCCUUUGAGUAUUGGCGUAUCUUCCUGGAAGGAACCGUUCACCCUGUCACUGUGUUCACUGAUCACCGCAACUUGGAGUAUUGGAAGGAGUCACGAACGUUUAACCAACGACACGCAAGAUGGCACCUACUGUUAGCAGGCUACAACUUCCAAAUCGUUUACCGCCCUGGGAAGCAGUCAGGAAAACCCAAUGCCCUUUCACGCCGCUCUGAUCACGCCGAUAUCCCACCCGCUGACCAAACCAUGCUUCCGGAACCCAUAUUUGCCAACGUAGCCUUAAUCACGCCAGAAAAGGAAUUACAACGCCAGAUUGAAUUGUCACUCGAUCAGGACAAGUCCUUGGAAGAAAUCUUACAGUUUCUACAAAACGAGUCCAAAGCCCCACCUUCUAUCAAACGCGCCUUUAAGGACUACAAAAUGGAAGCAGGUCUAUUGUUCUAUCAAGGACGUAUUGUGGUCCCUGAUGUGGGCUCUCUAAGGACGGAUCUCCUACGGAUAUUCCACAAUAGUCCCCUGGCAGGGCACCCUGGUAGGCAACGUACUCUGGAACUAGUUUCACGCAACUACUAUUGGCCAGGCAUCCGAGCAGAUACAUACUGGCACGUGGAUUCCUGUGAGACCUGCCAACGGAUCCAAAAACCAAAGUACGCUUCCAUCCCCCCACAGCCACUCGAACUCCCAUCCAGGCCGUGGCAACACGUUUCCUAUGACAUGAUUGUAGACUUACCCAAGGACAGAAGCAACGACUCCAUCCUAGUCAUAGUGGACAGCUUCACCAAGUACGGCAUCUUUGUCAAAUGCUCCAAAAGGCUCAAGGCACCCGAACUUGCGGAGUUGUUCUUGGAACAUGUAUGGAAACGCCAUGGGAUGCCGGAAAAGACUAUAUCGGACAGAGGCAGGGUUUUCAAUAACAAGUUCUUGCGGGCCCUGUACAAACGAUUGGGCAUUGACCCUCAUUUCUCCUCCGCCUAUCACCCCCAGAGCAAUGGUCAGACGGAACGAGUAAACCCAUCCAUCAAACAUUUCCUCAGGGCUUACUCAGGGGUUAACCAACGGGACUGGACUAAAUGGUUACCUAUGGCCAAAUUUGCCUACAACAACGCAGUCCAUAGCAGCACGGGAAAAACGCCGUUCAAAGCCCUAUACGGGUGGGAACCUAAUUUGACACCAUCCAACGUCCCUACCAACGUACCAGAAGCAGAUGACCUAGCUAAAACAAUGGAGGAACAAUGGAAGGAAGUGGAAUCUGCUUUACGACAAUCCAAGCAGCGAAUGGUAGACGGGGAGUACGGAGCCCCAAUAGAAUUUGAAGUCGGAGAAGAAGCAUGGCUUGAUGCCAAAAACAUAAACCUCAAGACCCUGAGCCCAAAGUUAACGGAACAACGCUUGGGGCCAUUCAAGGUUACUGAAAAAAUCUCCGACCGCGCUUACCGGCUUGAACUACCUCCAACCAUGCGCAUCCACAACGUAUUCUACGUAGGACUUCUGUCAAAAGUCAAAAGAGAUGACAAACGCACCUUCAAGAAUCGCCCUCCACCGGUCACUGUGGAUGGAGAGGAAGAAUACGAGGUCAAGGGAAUCACGGACAUGGAAGAAAGGGACGGGGAAUGGUUCUUCAGGGUAAAAUGGAAAGGCUAUGGAUCAGAGGAGAACACCUGGGAACCAAGGGAAAACCUCAAGAACGCCGAAAAAAUCCUGAAAAAAUUUGAAAAGGAGAUGAAAAAGAAGGCCCUUGGCGCUGCCAAGGCCCUUAGAGGGGGGGCAGUGUCGUAG